UUACAUAACAGGAAGAAGCCGACUGGAGAUGGAUCUAUAUCGGUUCGAUGGAUGAAAUUAAGCAAAAUAGAAAAUUAAAUGCUGUAAAAUACUUUAUUUUAGCACGGGGUUAACAUGGCGUUGUCUAGGAUUUUGCUAGUGCUUUUUUUUUUACCAGCAUUGAAGCCAUAAGGGUCAUUGGUCGGGAUGUGACUGUGACAGCAGGAGAUGAUGCAAAGUUGUUCUGUCAAGUGGUUGAGACAGCAGAGCCUCUGCUGAGUAUUAGGUGGCAAAGGCGAACAAAGGAAAAGCCAUCAAUUACAGAUCUUUUGGUUAUGACAUCAGGUGGCAAACAGGAAUAUAUAAACGGAGCGAGGGACAGAGUAAAAUUUGCAGGGAGCUACACAGGACUGGACGGUUCAAUUCUUCUACAUAAUCUUACUGUUUUAGAUGAAGGAAUCUACACCUGCAUCUUCGAUGUAUUUCCAAGUGGAUCUUAUGAAACAGAUGUUCGUCUCACGAUACAAGUUUUGUCAGCGGGGAUACUGAAGAGAGAGGACUUGAAUGUGUCCCUUGGAGGAGAUGCAACGUUUUCGUGUGAACUUCCGGGCGCUGUUGGAGUAAAGCAGGUCAUUUGGCAGCAACACAGAGAUGAUGGCACCCUGCGCAGUAUGGUCACUUUUACAGAGAGCUCUAAACCCCAAGUGGACGAUGCGUUCGUGGACAAAGUGAAUGUCACCGUGGCAUCAGUCCAAAGUACUACUAUUGUGAUAAAGAAUGUGACUUUCAAAGACGAAGCCUGUUAUGUGUGUACCUUCAGUGUGUAUCCGUCUGGAACCGAGAGGGAGACAGCAUGCCUCAGUGUACAAGGUUUAUCAGAAAUCACUUCCCAGUUUCCGGAUACACCUAAGGGGAAGGACAUUGUUGUCUCUUGCUCAGCCACUGGUAAACCUAGACCGGUGUUCAGCUGGUGGUCUGAAGAGGAAGAACUGAGCGAUUACUCAUCAGAGACGUUCACAAUAAAGAAUGAGGACAGUACAGAAACAACUACAAGUAAUCUAACAAUUCCACAUUCACAAUUCAGUGGAAAAUACGUGAAAUGUGUGGCUAGAAGUGGCAGUAUAGAGAAGAGUGUAAACAUUACGGUGGAGAAACAGAUAAGAGAUACAAAGACUCCAGAGGCACCCAGAUAUUAUAUUGUUUCUGCUCUUGUCAUGAUCACCAGUGUUGUUAUCAGUUGUGUUGUUAUUCUUUUGCAUCGGAAACGGAAAAAAGAUCAAAAACACCUUAUUGAGACCGUCUGAUAUACAUUGACACUCAAAGGUUUUCCUCUCAGAAGUAUGAGAAUAUUGGAAUAUUGUAAGAGAAUUGAAAAACACUGUGAAAAAUGAAUGUUUGUAUUGUGUGUCAGUGUUCACCUGGACUAAAAAAGCACUUUAUUCAGAUAACAAAGUCAAAACAUAUUUAUUUAUAAAUGAUUUUAUUUUUUUUGUUAAAUUAUUGUUGUAUUUGUCAUCAUGUAAAUUAUUUAAAUAAACAACUAAUAUA